AAUUGCCCUCAUUAAAGCGACAGCAGGCCAGACAGGAAAGUCCCACCCGGCGGACAAAAUCCGGUGUAUAUAGCUGCACAUAGCCACUUCUACAUCGAGACUGGUGGACUGCAAUUAUGGAACAAUUCGAAAAGCUGCGCCCCGUUGGCCGGUUGGAGCAGUACUCCACGGCCCGGCAUCAGGUUGGGUUCUACCUCAAUGUCGCAGUGACAGCCACAUAUGUCCUGUCGGACAGAUUUAAACUGUCCGUGAAAGAUUAUGUAUACCGCGCCUGUGAGACGUUAAUUGCGGAGCACCCGGCGCUGUCCGCUAUCCCAGCCGCGGAUGAUACGCAACAGCCAUACUUUGUUCGACUGCCGCAGAUCAACUUGGACCAAGUGGUCUCGUUCGAACUACGCAAAGACGGCUUUUUUCCCACCGAGUCCACAGAUAAAGAGCCGACUCCAGACCUUGAUCUGCAGACUCUGCUGGAAAGACAGCACAACAUACCCUUCACAGCGCCAAAUCCUUACUGGAGACUUUGCGUCCUCACAGAGCCCAAUAAUGAACGACAAUUUACGGCAGCAUUUGUUUUCCAUCAUGCCCUCGGUGAUGGCACUUCAGGCAAAGCCUUCCACCAAACGUUCCUGCGAGCGCUGGACUUAGCCGAGAACGAGGGCAGAGAAACAAAGUCCAUCAUCCAGUCACCUUCGACACCACUGCUACCCAACAUCGAGCAAAUCCACCCAAUGCCACUCUCAUUCCUAUUUCUCGCCAAGAAAAUCUUCCAAGCAAAGAUUUACUCCCCUAGAGACCCGGGUCUCUGGAGCGGAGGCAAGAUCCAGAAGGAAGGAAAGACUCACGUCCGCCUCGUCCCAUUCUCCAAGUCCCUGGUGACUUCGCUCCGCAAUAUCUGUCGCCAGGAGCAAACGAGUAUUACAGCACUCCUGCAGACAUCCUUUGCCCGCGCGCUCUUCACCAAUCUCCCAACCCGCUACACGAGUCUCAAUUGCACGGGCGCUAUCUCCUGCCGCCGCUGGCUACCAGACAUCAUCACCGACGAGGUCAUGGGCGUGUACGUCGGGGAUCUCGAAGAGUCAUAUAUCCGCAGCGCCACAACCUUCAAUGACACCCAUAUCUUCCCUUGGACCGAAGCCCGACGCUCCAAGCAAACAAUCGAAGCUGCCGUCAAGCGCCAAGGCCGCGAUGCAGGCCCCAACCUGCUGAAAUACGUAAGCGACUUCCAGCAGGAACUGUGUCUGUCCAAAGUUGGCAGUGAACGCGACAAGAGCUUUGAGGUCUCGAAUGUCGGCGUCUUGUCGUGUGAGGUUUUGCCUGGGAAGCCCCGGAUUGAGGGGAUGGUGUUUUCGCAGUGUGCGAGUGUUAUUGGCAAUGCGAUUGGCGUUUCUGUUGUAACGGGGGGUGAUGGGUGUAUGGUGCUGGCGGUUACGUGGCAGGAUGGUGUUGUCGAGGAGAGUUUGAUCGAGGGGGCUGUUGGGUUUUUGAGGGGGGAUUUCAGAGGGUUGGUUGAGUUGAAGUAGUGGGAUUUAAUAAUCGGGGAUAGCGUGUCUAUAAUAUUGUAUAUUUGUUGAUGUGAAUAUUCCAAACGCCAGGUUCUGUAUACCAAAGAGAAUCCCUGUUGCAGAUAAACAUUUACAGCAAAGAUCUUAUUUCUCAAAUCACUAUGCUU